UUGGUGUAUCCAUGGAAACAUAAGCCACAUUUACACCACUGUAUUGAGUCACUGACAGAUCUUCACAUGCAUAGAGAGCGACUGCUGUGAGCACUGUUCUCUCAGGAUGAGGUGUCGCAGGGCCAGUCUGCUGGUCUGUCUGACUUUACUCCUGCACAGUGGAGAGGCCAAAGUACUCACUGAAUCACAGCCUGGGCCCCUGUAUCGCGUGUUGGGCACGCCGCUCUCCAUCUCCUGCAAUGUGAGCGGCCUUGCAGACGACAACACUCGAAAGGAAUUCGAGUUCCGUGUCACGAAGCCCAAAAAUCCAUCGUUCCAGAUCAACAUCAUCAGUACUUCUGAUGAAAGCUUUGCGUAUGCCGUUUACAGCCAACGCGUGGCAAGAAAGGAGAUCACUCUGAAACAUGUGUCGCCGAACUCCGUCCUCUUUGAGAUCCAGAGCCUGCAGAAAGGUGAUGAAGGGGACUUUGAGUGCGCUGUGAUCAACCCAGUUCAACUUGCUUACGAUGGAACCUACAAUGCGAAGACAAUAGUUAAAGUGAUUGACGACUCCUUAAGUGUGUCAUUACCUGUCUCCACAUCACUGAGCCAUAAUGAGGGUGAUGCUCUCACUCUAACGUGCCAAGCCUCCAGCAACACCAUCCAGCACACCCAUCUGUCUUUAGCCUGGCAUCUCCAAAAAGACGGCGAGCAGGACGCUCUGCCGAUCAUUUCCCUGGACAGGGAUUUCACCCUGAUUCCUGGCCCGACAUUUGAAGGGCGUUAUCAUGAGGGACUCAUAAGGUUAGAUAAAAUGGGAGAGGCCACAUAUAGGCUACAUAUGGCAAAGCUGGAGCCGUCAGACCAAGGCACAAUCUACUGCCGGGCUCAGGAGUGGAUCCAAGAUCCUGACCGCUCCUGGUACACUAUCAGACAGAAGGAUGCAGAGAGCACUACCCUACAUGUCAAAGCCAGAGAGGUGGUGCCAGACACGUCGUCUCUGGUGGUGAGAAUCUCCAUCCAGCAGGCAACUCUGCAGGAGGGCCAGGAGCUGUCGCUCUCCUGCAACGUAGACGCUCUCAAUCUGGAGAAAAGGUUUCUUUCUGUAGCCUGGCUCCGGGGAAGUGCUGAGGUGGCGCGCAUCGAACCUACAGGCAUUCUGUCUGUGGGGCCCGAGUAUAGUGGCAGAGAGAAAAGAGGCGAGCUCAGGGCCGCCCGGAUCGGGGACACAGAGUACCGUCUCAGACUGAAGCCUGUCAGAACUGAGGACCAGGGAGAAUAUUUCUGUCGGGCACGGCCUCAGGACAGAGGCCAGGAUGGGGUCUUUACAGCCGGAGAAGCUCAGACUUCUAGUCCCCAGCUGGUCAGCAUCUCCGCAUCAGAAAGUGGGCUCUCAGUUGAAAUGCAACACAACGUGAGUGUUGACGAAGGUGACAAGCUGAAUCUCACCUGCAAAGUGGACGGGGUUGAAGGUCAACUCUCUGUCACAUGGGAACGUAAGUCCACGUCGACGUUUGAAAACAUCAUCAGUCUAAGUCCGGAGGGUGUCACGGAGAUAGAGGGGGAGUCAGCGGGUCGCGGAGUGAGGGCAGCGCGCCCAGCGACCGACACCUUCACUUUGGAGCUGGAUGAGGUCACGCCCGAGGAUUCAGGCAUCUACCAGUGCUCUGUGUCUGAAUGGAAAACAAACAGCAAGAUCCACAGCCAGUCAACAACUAGCACUGUGACAGUUAGGCCCACAGAGUCGUCUGUGAAACUGAUCAGUCGCAAAUCCAGGGUGACUGUUGGAGAAAAUGUGGAGUUGAUGUGCCGGGUCCAAGGGCCACGCGUGCCAACAACUUUGAUAUGGAGCCUGCAGCACGACGACUCGACCAUUCAAAACAUCCUUACGCUGAACUGGAAUGGUGAUAUCAGCUGGUCUGGAGACCAGCACGUCUACCAGUUGAGAGUAGAGAACAAACCCAAGGGGGUCACUCACUCACUGCUUAUCAAUGGUGCCAGCCCCAGAGAGGCAGGGAAGUACCAGUGCCAUGCGUCUGCCUUCAUCCAAAAUGUUCACAAGAAACCGCUUCCAUCCAACCCAGUGGGUGUGAUGGUGGAGUACCCAGAGAGCAAACUCAGUCUGACCUCCCCUCCCACUUUGACGGGAAAUAUCAACAGUGACAUAGAAAUAAACUGCUCAGUUAUCUCAGAGCCCUUCGCAUCCUCUCAAUACGCCGUUACCUGGCGGCACCAGCAACUGGGAGAAAAUAAGAUUAUCGUAAGCUCAGACCGGGAAGCCCUCAUAACAUUUGGGACCCAGGUGGAGCUGAGCGACAGACAGCGAAUCAGCAUGAGGCGCAGCAAGGGUCCAAGUUUUGAGUUGACUAUUCGGCAAGCUCGGACCUCGGAUACUGGCUCGUACAUAUGCGAGGUGACGGAGUGGCUACAAGAACCUCGUGGUAACUGGUACCAGCUCCCGCCUAAGUCCCGAAUCACUGAGCUAAAUCUUACUGAGCCUGCCAACGAUCUUCGGUUGGAAGUGGUUGGGCAGCAGCAGUUGAUUGCAGGAGAGGGAGAGGAGGUGGAACUCAAGUGUAACAUCCUCUCCGGUGCAUUCAGUCCUUCUGUCUUUUACAAAGUGGCCUGGAUCUACACUGGACAGAGUUCCCCCAAGACAAAAGUCUCCUUAGUAGAGCUCGAUCACAUGGGUUUGCUGCGGUACCCUGAGAGCGAGGCGCUCAGAGAUCUGCAGGGGCGGCUUCGCCUCGCCCGACCCACACAGAGCAGCUUCCACCUCAGAAUUCAGACGGCCCAUGAGGGGGAUAGUGGGACGUUCCAUUGCCAGGUGGAGCAAUACCAGCUGGAUCGUGAAGGUCACUGGCAGCAGAAGGCCUCAGAGAGCGCUGGUCCUGUUUCGCUGACUGUGAAUGUUGCUGAAAAAAACCUGUCCGUUGUAAAGGAUGAGCGGGAGCUAAAUGUGAGCAGAUCCGGGGACUUCGCCAUCCCCUGCCACGUCACUGACCAGUCCAGCGGUGAAUCUGAGUUCCAGGUCACAUGGUUUUGGCAGAAGGAAACAGGAAUUCAAAAACAGCCCAUAUUCGUAGCUUAUCGAAAUGCCACCCUACAAGACAUGUUAGUUGAGGGUCAUCAGCUAAGAUUUGGCCACCCUGCACUCAACCAGUUCAGCCUAACGGUCUCGAAGCCAGCUCCUGAAAACAGCGGCCUGUAUUUCUGCGAGGUAGAGGAGUGGCUGCCCUCUCUGUCUCGUGGAUGGAGGAAGGUCGCGGUGGAAACGUCUGGACACUUGACAGUUAAUGUCUUUACAGAAGGAGAAGUGGCGUUCGUGCCACAAUGCAAGUCGGCUACCUGGAUAGGGAUUCUGGUAGUGCUUGUCGUAUGCUCGCUGUUGGUGAUAUCCCUGCUGGUGCUGAAGAUACGCCGGACCACCGCCUCAGGAGGAAAGAAGUCAGGCGAAUCUCUUUGGGUAGAGGAUCACCCGCUGAAUACCAAACUCAGUGCAGAGGGUUGAGUCUCAUUGGCCUGAAGUGGAGAGGAGAGCGUGGGAGAGGAGCUGAAGUGGAAAAAUACAUUCUUAUUUUUUUAAAGUAGAGUAUAUGCAAUAAUGUUUUAUAACUGAAAAAGUUGCACUGUGCAUAUUGUUAUUAAUUUGUAAUUCACAGAUAUAACCUGUUGAUAUUGAAAUAAUUUUGCCUUAAUGAAGUAAUGAUUUUUAUUAAACCAUCAAUAUUAAAACAGCACUUCUUAUUUACAGGCCAAACAUGUUUGCAUUAAGCAGCAUCACAUCUUGCUUGCAGUGGUCUGUGGAGCGCGCAGCAGAUCAACUUUGUGUUCUUGCACCUACCUUCUCAAGCCCGGCGGCUCGUCACCGGGGCUUUGAGGGUGAGGAGUGUGAGACUAUAGCGUGUCUCUGAGAGGAGCAAAGAGUGCAAUGUGGUGAGAUUUGAAAGAUUCCCCUGUGAGAAUGACAGUGAUCAUUCAACCAGGAAGUGCUCUGCGGUUCGGCAAAGGUUAAGCUCAUGACGGUGGGGCGACAGUGUGGUCGUCAGUUCUGCUGAAGUGUAUGUCUUUGUCAGCGUCUGUGCAGACAGCGGAAGUACAAAUCUGCUAGAGGAAGCAAACUGUAGGUUUUACACAGUUUGACUCAAAAGACAAGACAUGGGGGCUUUGCGCCUAUUAGUGUGUGUGUGUGUGCCUGUGUGAGUUGUGUGUGUGUAAAUGGUAAAUGGUCUGUAUUUGUAGAGUGCAUCAAUGUGCAGCACUUUCUGUAUCUUUAUCACAUGCCAAAACAACCCUCAGGGGUUCAGUAUCUUGCCCGGGGGCACAAGGAAUGGGAUCAAACCGCUGUAUUUCUUAAUGGACAACACGCUCUACCUCCUGAGCCACAGCCCUGUUUGUAUAUACUACUCGUUUUAGGACCGUUUCCUGUAUAAACACUGACUAAGGUCAGUCCUAACAAGGCAAAACUACAUUUCUGAGGUCCUGGUUAAGGAAAGUGGUCGGAUGUGAAUUGUGGUUAGGUUAAGGUUAGGGACAAGGUUUUGGUUAUCGGUGUCCACAAUUUAUGGAGGUCAAUGCGUGUAUGAGGUUGUGUCACUGAAAGUCUUUUUGUGCAUGCAGGGUCCAUUUUUUUAUUGUUUUGGCUGUCGUCAGACACAUAUGUCAUUGAAACGUAACAAUUAUGAUUUUAAACAUCUAAUUUAUGGUGUUUGUACAUUUCAAAUGUUGUUUUUUCCCUGUCGUCCAGCAAAAACGACGAUAAAUACACAGCUAGCUCCAGAGUAAUGUUCCUGAGUCACCAAGUCAAUAACCUCAUUCCUCCCUCUUAUUGAAGGCUGAAGCUUAAAUCCAACAAAACAAACAAGAAGCUGAGAAAAACUGCAGAACAGUCUUGAGACCACCGACCAAUUAUAGCUAUAUUAAAUGUCUGCAAGUGCCAUUGAGUAGAAAAUCCAGAACAUGUCACGGCUCCACACUGCACUCCCAUAGGUGUGCAUGCAUUUUGAAUCUCUGUCACGCUGUAGCCACUGCAUUUAAUAAAAGAAGACCUUCCUGCUCACAUAAUAUGAUACUGGAGAGUAAUCAGAUAAAGACUUAAGAAGAAAAAAGUGUCUCUCUCUCUCUCUCUCUCUCUCUCUCUCUCUCUCUCUCUCUCUCUCUCUCUCUCUCUCUCCCUCUAUCCGUCUCUCCGUUUCUCCCUACAUCCGCCCUAUCAAUGUUUAACACCCCAUCUGUGUAAGAAGCAGGAAUAGAAGCCAUUCCUUGCUUUUACUUUUGAGGAAAGAGGUCUCGACACAGGAAUGCUUCCACACAGCGACGGACUCUCGUCCGACGAGUGUAACAACAUAUGGUGAAACCAACUCGUGGUUUUUCUGAAAGAUUUGAGAAACUAAGAGUACACAGAGGAACAUUCCUCUCAGCCUGGAAUGAUGUAGCACUGUGUCUUUGGUCUUGAAUUAUACCAGCCCUUCACAGUCUGCUGGACCAGCUCCCUCUUACAGCCUUCCCCUUAACUUUACUGUAAUUCCACUCCCUUGUGUUUCCAUGGCAAUGGCUGUCAGAGCAAAUGAAGAAACAUGGAAUUUGGGAGCAAAUCAAUGCUCGUGUCUUUGCAGCAAACACAGGAUGAAGUGGGGACAAUCUAAAAUCCACGCUAUGAUUCCUCUGGCCUUUGGACUAAUAAAGUCGAAA